GCGUUAGUUGACUGACUGGGCGAUGCUAUUUCUUUCCAAUUAAAGGAGAGAAUCAAAGUGAAGUCUCCUCGGGGUCUUGUUUCUCGGCGUUCCAAGAAGAAAACGAAACGCUUUGGAGCCCGAACGGAAACCGUCGUCGAUUGCCUCCGCCGCCGUUUCUCUCUGCGAUUCCCUUUCAGACGGAGGAGGAAGAGGCAGGGCAGGGCAGGGCGGAGCAGAGAAGAGAGAGAGAGAAGAGAGAGAGAUUUAGAUUAGGCUAACUGCGUGUGUAUGUAUAAAUAGAGAGAGGGAGAGAGAUAGAGAGGGAAAUGGCUCCAACAGUGGAUUAUACGGUGGCCAAACAAGCAGAACAGCUGAGGCAAGAUGGCAACAUUUAUUUCAAGAAAGAUCGGUUCUUGGCGGCCAUUGAUGCUUACACGGAGGCAAUCGCCUUGUGCCCUAAUGUUCCCGUGUAUUGGACCAAUCGCGCUUUGUGCCAUCGCAAGCGGAAUGAUUGGACGAAAGUUGAGGAUGAUUGUAGAAGAGCCAUUCAGCUUGAUCACAAUUCUGUUAAGGCUCACUACAUGCUAGGCCUUGCAUUGCUACAAAGACAAGAAUUUGCUGAAGGAGUCAGAGAAUUGGAAAGAGCUUUGGACCUUGGGAGGGGUGCAAACCCUCAGAGUUACAUGGUGGAAGAGAUAUGGCAGGAGCUUGCAAAAGCCAAAUACCUUGAAUGGGAGCAUGAUUCUACUAAGCGUGCGUGGGAAUUACAAACCUUGAAAGAAGCCUGUGAGUCUGCUCUGAUAGAGAGACAUUUUCUUGACAACUCUGAAGAUAAAGGGUUUCUAGGCGAAGCCAGUGAUGCCAAUUCAGCACAGCUGGAGCUUCUAGGACAAGUAUUUCAGGAAGCUGGAGAAGCUGACAUGCCGAAAGAGGUGCCAGAUUACCUGUGUUGUAAGAUUACGCUCGAUAUAUUCCGCGAUCCCGUCAUUACUCCUAGCGGGAUUACAUAUGAGAGGGCAGUGAUCAUCGACCAUCUCCAGAAGGUGGGAAGGUUUGAUCCGGUUACACGGGAACCGCUCAAGGAAUACCAACUGAUAUCAAAUUUGGCAAUAAAAGAAGCAGUCCAAGCCUUCCUGGAAAAGCAUGGAUGGGCAUACAAGACUGAUUGAAAGCUGGUUUGUUUUGACACUAGGGUUUUUUUUUUUUUUUUGGUGGAAUAUUAGCUAAAUCAUGCUGGAUGCAUGAUCUCAUGUCGUGUUAUACACUAUGUGUGGGGUUGAAAAUUGUACAGUAAUAGGUCAUUUGACUUGCCCUUUCUUGCGA